AUGUCGGCAAGGUUGCGUAAUCUUAAUCCGUAUGAGUUACAUAAGUAUCUAGUUAAUGUUUAUUGUUUGAAUGCCAAGGGUUCCUCAACGUCACUGAAACGGGACACGUCUAGAGAUCGAACGGAUAUUGAUAUUAUACGAGAAAACCACAAAUUUCUGUGGGAAGAUGACGAGGUCGCGGACACUUGGGAAAAGCAACUGGCUAAAAAAUAUUAUGAUAAACUAUUCAAAGAGUAUUGUAUUUGUGACCUUAGCCGAUAUAAAGACAAUAAAGUAGCGUUAAGAUGGCGCGUCGAAAAAGAAGUGAUUAUGGGAAAAGGACAAUUCCAGUGCGGAAACAAAAAAUGUAUCAAUGACAAAAGUCUCAAAUCCUGGGAAGUUAAUUUUGCGUAUUUAGAAGAUAAUGAGAAGAAAAAUGCCCUUGUUAAAGUGCGUCUGUGCCCGGAAUGUUCAGAAAAAUUGAAUUAUAAGUCUAAGAAGCGUGAAGUGAAAAGGCUAAAAAAGAAUCAAAAGAAGAAGAAGAAGGGUAAGGAAAACGAAAAAACCGACGACGAACAAAAUGAUGCUGAAAUACCAGAAGCAGCUUCUGACGAACCAUCUACUUCUCAGCAAGAUGUAGAAACUAUUGAAAAUGAAGAGUCUUUGUGGAAAAAAGGCGUUCAAGAAGUAGAAGAGAAAACUCGCGAAGAAGAAUUCGAAGAUUAUUUAGAAGAAUUGUUGUUA